AGGAAGCAGCCCCGGGUUGCCUUGGCCUGCAAGCGUUGCAAGCGGAGGAAACAGAGGUGCGAUGGCGUUCAUCCAGUGUGCAGGUCGUGCGAAAAAGCAAAAGUGCCUUGUAUAUACGAACGUCCCGUGCGGCCUCAGUAUCCAGGGGGAAAGUCACUCUACAUUGCGGCACUGGAAGAGCGCAUCGCCUUUCUGGAAUCCCGCCUACCCGGUUUCGCAGAAGACCACUUUGUCGCUGCUCCACCAGCACCAGCACUAGCACCAGCACCAGCACCGGCAUCCCUCGCGGAUCCAAACCCGCCACCUCAUGCGGGCUCGACGAUCAGCCCGAUAGCCGUGCCGGAUCGUGGCGUCGAGGAUGGCUACCGAGAAAAAGCCCCCGAGUCUCCCGCGUUUCGGCGCAGGAGCCGGCAGGACCCACUGAUCGGCUCCUUUUCCGACGCCGAGUCUUCGUCGCUGGUGGACGGGGUGGCAUACCUAUCCCUCCGGGCUUCCGGGAGCGGCGAUGCCGACACGGAGCCGUGCUACCUAGGCUCCACCUCGGGCGCCACCAUCGCGCGGAUGCUGCAGGCGUCCAUCUUUGACAGCUCCAGGGGCCGGCGGGCCAUCUUUGGGACGGGCGAGUACCUGGCGGCGGCAGACUACGACCAGACCCCCGCCAUGCCCCCGAGCCCCACGAGCCCAGCUUCGGUGGUCAUUGGGACGGCGGCGGCGUUUCCUGGUCGCGAGGCGGCGGGGAUGCUGUUUGACGUGUUUUUCGACAGGCUCCAUACCCACUGGCCGAUCCUGGACAGGAGGCUCUACACCCAUCUUUUCGAGAAGCAGUACGAGCAGGGGGAGCUCUCGAUCCAGCAGCGCGGCGUCAUGCAUCUGAUCUACGCCAUCUCGUCACGCUUCCUCCAGCUGACCAACAAGCCGAGCGGCGUGCAUCCAGAGACGCAUCUCAAGGCCGCCAUCCAGCACAUGGACUACAUCCUGGAGCAGCACAACCUCGGGACGGUGCAGUUCCUGCUGCUGCUUGCGCUGCAUGGCCAGAGAUCACCAUACGGGGCCGGGUCCUGGUCGCAGGUUCGACACGCAGUGACCCUCUGCAUCGAGCUGGGAUUCCACCGCCGCCGACGCACCGCUCCUCUGCCCAGCAACAACAGCAGUCCCAGGGCGGUCGAGAUGCGGUGCCGCGUCUUUUGGGCCGCCUACUGCCUCGACCGGCUGACCAGCGGCGUGCUGGGCCGCCCCUUCGCCAUUGACGACAGGGAGAUCGACGCCGAGCUCCCGAGCCCAGACCCGGACCUGCGCGACCUGACGGCCACGCCGUCGAGCGGAUCGCCCCUGACGUGGUCCAACGUGCUGCCGUUUAUCCACAUCGUCAAGCUGCACCGCAUCCAGUCCCGCAUCCACAGCCGCAUCUACCGCGUCAACCGGCAGGAAUCCCCCACGCCGGCCGACCUGGCCGCCGAGAUAUCCUCGCUGCAGGGCGAGCUGGACGAGUGGCGGGUCCGCGUGCCGCACCCGCCGCCGAAGCGGAGCACGGUGGACGGCGGGGCGCCCUCGUCGCCCGGCUGGAUGUACGACCCGGAGAGCCAGCACCACGACAGCCGGGACUUUUUCGAGCUGCAGUACCACAAGUCGGUGCUGCUGCUGCUGACGGCGCUGCUGCCGACGCUGGACCCGCACGCCGACCCCCGCUUCCGCGCCGUCGCCCACUCCGCCGCCAGCGUGUGCGCCGCCUACCGCCGCCUCGAGCGCCAGCGCACCCUCAGCUACACCAUGCUGGCCCUGCACUCGUGCUUCGUCGCCGGCCUGACCCUGGUCUACUGCGUCUGGCGCGGUGGGCGCCGCCUGCUCGGCUACGAGGCCCUCGAGGCCACGCGCGCCUGCUCCCAGAGCCUGGCCAUUUUUGGGGAGAAGUGGCCCGGCGCCGUCAAGUAUAGGGAUGUGUUUGAUGCGCUGUCGGGGAGUCUGCUGCGGGUCAUGAUGACGGAGGAUGGGGGCUUUGGUGUAGGAGGAGGAGGAGGUGGAGAGAGGCUGCGGCUGGACUCGAGGGACCUGUGCCUGCCAGAGGAUGAGGUCGUGGGCAUGGACAGCGUGCUGUCGGAUGCGGUGCGGAAUGCCUUUAUGGAGGUUGACGAGGAGGCACCGGGGGGCGCCGAGGUGUGGCAAAUGUUUAACGAGAUGGUUCAGGGGGAUUGA